AUGGCUGAGUCCAGUACUGAUAUAUCUUCUGUGCAUUGUGCUGCAGAGAAGGAGCUCCCCCCAGAGACCAAAGUAGACCUGAAGUUAGUGCAGCUUCUGGAGAAACUCUCGCUUGUGGACUUUGCAAAUAAGGAGGGUGUGGCCAGACUUGAAGCUGCCAUAGAUUUAGCUGACAAAUUGAGUGUUGUUGAUACUGAUGGUGUGGAACCUAUGAUCACUGUGCUGGAGGAUAGGUCCCUUCCUCUUGCGGAUGAUGAGGUAACCACAGGUGACAUGAGUGAAGAGCUGUUAGGUUGUGCAGUAAAGACCCUGGAGGAUUACUUUGUAACUCCUCCAGGGAACAUUGACUUUGCUCAAGACGAAAAAUAUUACCAUAAACUAGGAGAGAAUAAAGAGAAAAAAGCAUUAUAGGAUUCUUUUGGGAAUUUUCAAUGGAAUAUGUAUAGUAUAUGAAUAUAUUGUGAAUAAAGAUUUGUAGAUAAGGGU